CAGGCCACAAGCAGAGCCAGCCCCCUGCUCUCACGCAGCUCUGGGCAGCUGGAGUGGAGAUGAUGAUGAUGAUGAUUGCCUGAGCCUGUUCCCCACACUGGCUGCAGCAGCUGUGUACGGCUCCGUCCUGAGCUGUGCAAGCCUGGAGUAGGAGGCAGUGUUGCUCAGAGCCGAGCGAGGGUGGAUCUCUCUCCCUAGAAGCAAGAGGGGAAGCUGUCAGUGGGAGAGAUGGAGCAGCCGUGUCUGAGAGCAACCUCCCUCUAAGGGAUCCUCUGUGUGUGUGUGUGUGUGUCCCUGUGCCUUGGAUUCCCGCCUGUGCCCGUAAUCUCAUGGCUGGUUUUACAUCCGUGCACAACAGCUGGGUCUGUUCCAUUCUGUGAUCUCCAGAAACAAAGGCACUUCAGAGCUGGACGGACACACGCCCAGCCGCCUUGUUGUUAUUAGACACGGAGGAAGGCGACAGCCCCGUGGAGUUCGCUGCGUCGUCUGCAGCUGGGGUUUGUGUGGGUGAGAGCGCGAGCAGCAGUUCCUGCCGAAAGAGACCGCUUCCUUGGCUCCAAAUUAACAUCUAGUAAUUUUCCACACCUCUCUGCUCCUUCCCUGACUCCCUGACAAGUGGCUGGAAGGUUGGCCUGGGCCAUGGGAGACAAAGGAACCAGUGGUAACGAGACGGCAGCCUACAAGUACAGAGUAUUUAAGAAAGCAAGUCCCAAUGGAAAGCUCACCGUCUACCUUGGGAAGAGGGACUUUGUCGACCACAUAGAUGUUGUGGAUCCUGUUGAUGGCGUUGUGUUGGUUGAUCCGGAGUACUUAAAAGAAAGGAAAGUCUUUGUCACGCUGACUUGCGCCUUCCGCUAUGGACGGGAGGAUCUGGACGUGCUGGGACUGACCUUUCGGAAGGACCUGUUUGUGGCCAACAUCCAGGCCUUCCCCCCGGUCCCUGAGGAGAAGAAACCCCUGACGCGACUCCAGGAGCGACUGAUUAAGAAGCUCGGCGAGCAUGCCUACCCCUUCACUUUCGAGAUCCCUCCCAACCUGCCAUGUUCCGUCACGCUGCAGCCUGGACCGGAGGACACGGGGAAGGCCUGUGGCGUUGACUACGAGGUGAAAGCUUUCUGUGCGGAGAACCUGGAGGAGAAAAUCCACAAGAGAAAUUCCGUGCGCCUGGUGAUCCGCAAAGUGCAGUACGCGCCGGAGAGACCGGGCCCGCAGCCCAUGGCGGAGACCACCAGGCAGUUCCUGAUGUCUGACAAGCCGCUGCAUCUGGAGGCAUCCCUGGACAAGGAGAUUUACUAUCAUGGUGAGCCAAUCAACGUCAACGUCCACGUGACAAACAACACAAACAAGACGGUGAAGAAGAUUAAAAUCUCAGUGCGCCAGUACGCGGACAUCUGCCUGUUCAACACUGCUCAGUACAAAUGCCCCGUUGCUGUGGAAGAGGCAGAUGACGUGGUGGCUCCGAGUUCGACGUUCUGCAAAGUCUACACACUGACCCCUUUUCUCGCCAACAACCGGGAGAAGCGGGGCCUGGCCCUGGACGGGAAGCUUAAACAUGAAGACACCAAUCUGGCUUCCAGCACAUUGCUAAGAGAUGGAGCCAAUAAGGAGAUCCUGGGAAUUAUUGUCUCGUAUAAAGUGAAAGUGAAGCUGGUGGUGUCUCGGGGAGGCCUGCUGGGAGAUCUUGCAUCCAGUGACGUUGCUGUGGAACUGCCUUUCACACUUAUGCACCCCAAGCCCAAGGAAGAACCCUUGCACCGGGAUGUUCCAGAGAAUGAAGCUCCCAUAGAUACAAAUCUCAUAGAGCUUGAUACAAAUGACGACGACAUUGUGUUUGAAGACUUCGCCCGGCAGAGACUGAAGGGCAUGAAAGACGACAAGGAGGAAGAUGAGGAGGGGACAAACUCGCCACAGCUGAAUGACAGAUAAACGGGAUUCUUUUAACCAGUUUUGUUUGUUUCCAGUAACACCUCUGCAUUAGGCUUCUUAUAUUUUGUAUGAUUUUUUUUUUCUACAUGUACCGGGAGCCUAUGGAUCACCCAGAUGGUGACGGCAAUUAUAACCUUACAGCUGUGCCAUAUUUAUCACUGUGCAUCUAGCUACCUAGGCUGAAGUCUCGUCAGCUGUCUCGGAGAACGAGCACAGGGCGGUGGGCCGGAUCCUGAGGGGGAUUGCAGCAAUCAGGUGUCACCGACACUCAACACCUCUUAGGAUUUGGCCCCCUCUAGUUCCUGGCCCUGUUUUCACUCUGGAGCAGCUGCUCUCAGCCCUUUCAUAUGAUCUGCAUCUUUUAUGCAUUUUGUAUAAUCCAGACAAGACAAAUCUUUGUUACGGGGGUCGGAAGAAGGGGUAGGGCAGACAAUGCGUGUGAAAGGGUUUAUUUUCUAGGCAAAUUGUUUUCACUGCAGAUGGGACAAUGUACGAAGCGGGCACAGUUCCACACCCUGGCUGGAGAACAGUUGUGACACCGAUCAGCUGACUGCACUGAGUCCCGGGCUGUAACUCGCCCUCCCCGUGGGUCACAGCCUAUUGGCAAAGCCUGCAGGUCUGUGCUAAGUGCCUACUCUUAGCACACAGCUCUGUGCCCAUGCCCCAACCUGCUGGCCCCCAGCCCCUGUCCCUCACCUGGCUGGCUGACGGCAAGGAACUCCCUCCCUUGAGGGUAACUAGACGCCCCAGUGUGGGUCCCAUGCUGGCCUUGCUUUGACUCCCACCAGGAUCCUAGCCCCACACAGGGUCUUGCAGGAAGUGGUGGAGGACUGGCGGGGCCAGGGCGCUCCUGCUGGCCACUCAGGGAGGCUAUGCAGAGCCCACUGUUAGCUGCAGGUAGGACUGGACAAGGGUUCCUGCCUGGGGGAAGCGCCACCUUACGUGAUCCCUGCCCGUUCCACUCAGCUUCUACAGAGUCAGGAGAAAGGGGCUGCUAGAGGAUCGACCCCAGUAGCUUAGUUUCUUCUGCAACACACUGUGCCCCUAAUCCGGCAUGUUUAGAGGAGGGAUGAUGGGAAAUGGCUUUUGUGCCCAUCACUGGAGAGAGAGAUGGUCACCAGCAGUUCAGACAAGUGUGCUGAGAGCGCUGGCCCCCAGUGUGGACAUCAUAGGGUUGGGGAACCGCUGCUCUGGGAUCUCCUUCCCUGAAUUGUUGAUGAACCUCUGCACUGGGCUUCCCAUCUCUCAUCCUGCGCCUUGUGUGCCGUGCCAUGGACUUGGGCUGCUCAUGAUCACAAGCUGCAGCCGUUCCACAGUGAGUUCGGAUGCCCGCUGGCACAUGGGAGGCAGUGGGCACCAGCCGGCCCAGCCUCAGCCUGGCAAACUGGAACAGUGGCUCUUUAAGGAUGGGGCCGGCUGCGUUUGGCCAUUGCCAGGGGGCCAGAGGGGCCAGCUGCAGGAGGCAGGAAUCAGUCAGUCAGGCGAGUGAGUCGCAGCGUGCACUGCCAAAGGCGGAUAGUCUCUGGCGACUGCUCAAGCCGUUAGCACAGGGACACACGUGCCUCACUGUGAACUCAGCCACCUGCUCGCCCGCCAGCCGGGGCGGAGUUACCGCAGCACAGUGGCUGUGUGUAGCCCAGGCCGUGCGCUGUCCCACGCUGUUCUCCACCCCAUAGGCCUGGCGUGUGGCUGGGGUGCUGUGAAGUGAUGAGCGCUGGGAUCCAUAGGUUAAGGGGGGAAGGUGUGAAUGGCAAUUUCCGGGCCUAGGCAUGACAAGAGAAACAGGCAGGAUCGUAGUCCCAGUCCCUUCCAUCGCGGAAGCAAGGGAAUGGUCCUAGGGUGAGGCGUUAGAAGGAGAUUCCUGCUCUCUGGGCUUUGCCUUUCUAGUUCCUCCAUAAAGGCUAUGGACGAGGUUGUUUGAGUCGUAAGGGACCAAUCCUGGAGGCCUUGCCAAGGCAAAACGCUCUGAGGCCCGUACGAGGUUUGGCUGGGUUUGGCCUGUAGGACGAGCCCCGCAGAGUGGCUGGAACAGGGUGGUAAGCUGCACAUUCAGCGUUUGCAUUUAUUCCAUUGGAGGUAAACUCUGCUUUGGGCCCCCAUCAGCUCCAUGGCCGUGCGCACACCUGACCCUAGGAAUGCAGGAGAGAAAAAUCCUGAAGAGGUCAGUGGUGUUUGAUUUCCAGGGCCAAUGGGAUUGGACAAGGCUGAUCCUGUGACUGAAGAUAACACUUUGAAGCCAAAGUAUCGUUGCGUCUUCGAAACCCAUAAUGUCUUUAUCUUCUGUGCCGGGACUGCAGGGGAGCGUGUGUGUGUAUAUAUAUAUAUCUCACACACAUACACACUCACUCACUCGUCAAUAGUGGCCAGAUUAGAUUUAAAGAAAACCUUUCACACUGGGAGAAAGCAAUGGCCAGCUCUCCUGUGUCAGUCUGCAGCCUGUAAUCCAUUCCUCCCUUGUGGGCCUGUCAGCCCUUAGGACACUGAGGACUCAGACAACCCCCAUCUCCAUGCUCUGUACUGAAGGCAUCCCUCAGGGCUGGAUUUGGUCCAUCUUUUCUCCCCUCUCUUCCUCUGCUGUCCAGGAUUAUUUAACUGUCUAAAUGAUUUGAGAGCUGGUUUAGAGGAAAGAUGCCCCUUAGGAUAAAGUUCUGUUGUGGUGAUCUGCAUCCAUGUGGAAUCUUCUGGAGAAAGCAUGGGAAACCAUCUUCUGCCGUCAAGCCCUGGAGAACCCAGGGUGGGUGCUCUCCAUCUGAUAUAUUCUCCACGCCUAUUCUGGGUACCCUGAGACCUGCCGAUACUGGUGUUUGUAGUGUUGUGGCUGUGUUGGUCCCAGGAUAUGAGAGGGACAAGCUGGGUGGGGGAAUAGCCUUUAUGGGGGUGGAAGAACCAAGCGUUUGAGCUCCACAGAGCUCUUCUCCAGGACUGGGGCUGGUACUCAGGGGGACACAGCUCAGUGCAAGGUGGAACAGGUUGUUAAGCAUAAGGGGGUAACAUAUUGCCAGAGACCAGUUACAGAGAAGUGGGAAAUUAACACCUCCGCAGUUGUAGGACAAAGGCUGGUUUGUAGAUUAUAAAUUGUAACGAGCCAUAAAACCAGGACCAUGCUUUUUGGUGUCUAGCAGCAUUCUCCAUUUAAGUUCCCGGGCUCGUCUUUUGAAGGCAUUGUGACGGUUUCCUUUGAGGAGCAGGAAUGAGAGAGCUGAUACAGAGCAAUCAUGUUGUGAGAAGUGUUUGCCCGUGGUGAUAGCGUGUUUUGGUCUCAUCAUUUUGCUGUGUGAGUUCAUUCGACAGUCUGGUUUCACACACACAGUUAUUGUUGGGGCAUUUGCUGUAAUGGGUCUUAUACAUCACAUGUUGUGAUAGGCACGUGUAGGGCCCAUGUGUCUUGAAAGGCAGGUUGGGCGGAGUGCUGGUCAUUGUAGCAGCGGAGAGAUGUCUGCAGGUUUCACAUCUGUUGUUUUGGCAGAGUCUGGUGCCGCUUUGAGUGGAUGGGUCUGGAUCUGUCUUGCUUUUGCUGAUGAGGUUGGUGGGUUUGGGGGUUGUUUGAAGGCCAGAAGAGGGGGUUCAGGAAAGAUUGAAAUGCUGGGACUCUUUAGAGUGGAGAUGAGUAAGAGAGGGCAUGAGGAAGGCGCACAAAAUAAUGGGCUGGAGAAAGGAAAGCAGCUGCUCUUAUUUACCCUUUCACACUACAAGGACAAGGGGGCACUCUGUGAAACUGAACCGGAUUAUAACAGAUUCCUUACACACAGCACAGAAAAACUUGUAGAACUCACUACCCCAGGACAUCCAGGCACAGAGCAGAGUAGGGUUUAAAAGGAUCUGACAGUCAGAUGUGACAACAGCCACAAUUUCAGGAGAGGGGCUAAAAAUUAUAAUAUUUUUAGAAGGGAUCAAAACCUGCAGGCUUCAGGCAUUAGCCCACUUCUAACUGGUGCAGUGGGCAGGAGCAGGCUAGGAAGACAUUUCCCCCAUGGCAAGAAUAUUCUAUGCACUGGGAAGCUCCUUGCACCUAUCUCUGAAACAUCUGUUCCUGACCAAUGGCGAAGACAGGACCCUGAGCUAGUUGGUCUGACCCACUGGCAACAGAGGGUCCGGCUGAUUGCUGCCAGGUUGUCACUCCCUUGCAGGCAGAGCCCAGGAGGACUGUAGCAUGUAGGCAGUGACUGGGAAUGUCACUGAUGGUCAGGUGGGGCUUAGGACAUUCUGUUGACACUGGUUCGAAUCCAGCCCAGGCUAAGAUCUCGCAGGGAAGCAAUUACACUAACGGCAGCCCAGUGCGCUAGUUUGGGGCAGGGGUGCGGAGUAGCCAAGGAAGAGCCUCCCAUUUAGUAAAUGCUAAGGAACACCUCAGAGCUGUACCUAAUGGGGGGCAGGGAAAGGGAGACGGCCACAUCUUCCCUGGGGAUAGGGAAGUUAUGAGUGUUUGAGACAGGGAGCAGCGUGCCAAAGAGAGGUGGGGUCAGCAUGGAGUCUAGGUUGGGGUGGGGGCUACUUUGACUGACAGCUGCCUGCGACCUGCUUUCCCAGCUAUUCGCCUCUCCCCAGGCCCAUCGGCAUGUUUCUUCUACCAGCUUAGUCUCCCUUAAACUCGGCGGGGCAGCGGCCAUAGGUGCUGGAACUGGGCGUGCUGGGGGGUGCGACAGGAAGUGGAUUCCAUUAUGUACAGGAUUUACAGCUUGGUUCAAUGGCUCUCAGCACCCCGCCCAGAUGCUGAUCUCAUUUGCACAGGGGUAGCUCCAGAAUAGCACCACGGACCCCCCAGCAGAGCUGCUGCAGAGCUCACCAGCGUAACUCAGCUCAGAAUUUCGCAGUCGUUCCUGGUGGAAUUGCAUUGUACCAAGCCGCGUGACCCCAGGGAUUAACGUGCCCCAGUGAAAAUUCCCUCGGGCCUGAGCCAAAGCCCACUGAAACUAAUGGCAGCCUCAUUAAGACUCUGCUUGCCUUCAGAGGGCUUCGGAUCAGGCCCUUAACAGUGUGUCACUUCCACCACCAGGUAUGUGAAAUUUCCCUUCCAACAACGGCCUGGAUUUGGGGCAACUGCAUGUGCCAGUGGGUAAUUUACCCCAGUAAGAGGCCCUCUCACAGCCAGCUGUGCUCGCUAGCUUGGCCAGUGGUGCUGGCUCUAGCUAGGGCCAAGCAACUCUGGCUAGUUGGAUGUUAAGACCUGUAGUGUUACACCCAAUGAAAGCAGUAACAAUCCAUCCUCCGUGAGAAAAAAAACCCGGACAACAGUGGGUGAGGAGAUUGUGUAUAGUCAGACAGCUCCUGCUGUCCCAUCCCCGACACACUCAUCAUGACAGUAGCGAGCUCGCCGAUGAGUUAGUUCUAUUCAAUAAAGAUCUUUGCCCGUAUUCAUUACUCACCUGCAUUCAGCAUGAACGUUUGGAGACCGUGCAUUGCCCAUUCGAUCUUUAUAUACGCACGUCGGGCGCGCUAGAGAGAGAAAACCAACCGUUGUUAUUUUUAGGUAACCUGACUGGGCAAUGUGGUACUUUUUGUAAAGUGGUUACUUUGUACUGUUCAUUGAUAACUUGCUUCUUUGGUUUUUCCCCUGUAUCUGUGACGUUUCUGUGUUCUGUCAAAUAAAUUAUUCUAGUUUAUUAAACUCAGAGAAGGAACCACA